GGCCAGCUGAGUGGUGCACGAAACACUUCCAUUCUUCCUCUUCAUAGUGGAGUGACGUUCCACGCCUCCGCUAUAUAACUUUACCGUGCUGCAUCUCCUUUGCUUUACCUUGUCUUCACGAUGCAGCACUUAAGUUUCGCGUUUGCCCUUCUCGCUUUUCUAUCCUUCUUCCAUUCGACGACCUGUGUACCAAUGCGGCGCGCAACGUACCAUAAUCCCAUCGUCCCCGGGAUCGGCGCCGACCCCUGGAUGAUCCAGCACGGCAGCGACUACUACCUCACCUACACGACGGGCACCAACGUCCAGCUCCGCAAGUCGUCGAACAUCGCGCAGUUCAACGUGACCCCGACCGUCGUGUACACCCCCGCCAACGGCAGCGGCCUCAGUGCCGUCUGGGCCCCGGAGCUGCACUACAUCGGCGGCGAGUUCUAUAUCUACGUCGCGAUGGUCAACGGCAGCGACGCGAACAACCACCACAUGUACGCGCUGAAGGGGAAGAGCCAGGAGCCGCUCGAUGGGUUUGACUUUGUUGGUGAGGUCGGCACUCCGGACAACAACUGGGCGAUCGACGGCACUGUCUUUCAGUACGAGAACGGCGAGCUGUACUUCAUCUGGUCCGGCUGGGCAAACACCACCGCGACGAUGUGGCAGAACCUCUACAUCGCCAAGAUGGACUCGCCUACGAAGAUCACGGGCGAGCGCGUCCUCAUCCACCAGCCGAACCUGGCGUGGCAGCAGACCGUCGACAGCAGCGGAACCCACGCCAUCAACGAGGGUCCAGAGAUCCUGGUCCACAACAACAGGACGUUCCUGAUCUACUCCGCCGCGGCGAGCUGGACGGAAAACUACUGCCUCGCCAUGAUGGGCAUCGACGGCGGUAAAGACCCCCUCGUCGCGAGCAACUGGUGGACGCUCGACAGCCGCCCCGUGUUCUCCAAGUCCGCCGUCGCGUUCGGCCCCGGCCACGCGAGCUUCACGUACGACCACGACGGCACGCCGUACAUCGUCUACCACGCCAUGGCGGACCCGAACGCGGGCUGGAACGGCCGCACGAUCCGCACGCAGACCUUUGGCUGGAACGACGAUAGCUCGCCUGCGUUCCCAUCCCCGGUGGGACUGAACACGUCGCUGCCGUUGCCAGCUUGAAUCAGAAGGGUAGGGUGAAGGCUGUUGGAACGGACCUCGCAAUGCAUGUCACAGAACGGACCGGACGUUUUAAUGUACGCUACAUAAUAGUUAUUGCAGUGUUAGCGAAUACACCGUCUUUAUUGAGCCUA